UUUCAAGGUUUCUAACACCAUAUCAGCUGCUCAGUAACACCAUCUCAGAAUGGGACUGCCAUCCUGGGCACCGCUUGCCGUUCUGUACCUGCUCUCUCUUUCCUUUGCUGUUAAACUUCCUACUGGCAAUGUGCAGCUCUUUCAUGGCUCCGAAGGUGACAUCCUGAACCUGGAAGAUAUCAGAACAAAGAGUGGGUUCCCCAGAGACUGUGACAGUAUCCCCAAGAACAGCAGCAGUGGAGUCUAUGUCAUCCAGCCAGAAGGCUCUCCCCCACUGGUGGUGUGGUGCAACAUGGACACCAAAGGACAAGUCUGGACGGUUGUCCAAAGAAAUUCUUACAACACAGAACUUGAGUGGAAUGAUUCCUGGGCAAACUACAAGUAUGGCUUUGGUGAUGUACAGAAUGAUUACUGGUUGGGGAAUGAGUACAUCUCUCUGCUCACAAUGCAGGGAGCCUACAAGGUCCGCUUUGUAGUACAGGAUGCAUCCAACAAUACUCACUAUGCUGAAUAUGACACGUUCAGUGUAGAUACAGAGUCACGUGGCUAUGCCUUGCGGCUGGGCAGGUACACGGGAGCUGGAAAGGAUUUGUUCACUAAGGAAGACGUCGUGCAUGACAACAUGAAGUUUUCUACCUAUGACAAAGAUCAGGACCUAUCCAGUACCACAAAUUGUGCAGAACAUUAUCAGGGAGGCUGGUGGCACAGCAAAUGUUAUUAUGUCAAGCUCAAUGGGAAAGGCAAGAAUGUUUGGUGGAGUGGCGUCUGUGUGGCUGGAGACUGCCAGUCUACCCUCAUUCUUGUUAAACGGGUCUGCUGAUCCUCCAGCAGGGGCUUGAACCCCGCUGGAGAGUCCAUGAUAGGAAAAACUUUUUCAUUAGGAAGGUGGUGAAGCACCGGAAUGGGUUACCUAGGGAGGUGGUAGAAUCUCCUUCCUUAGAGGUUUUUAAGGCCCGGCUUGACAAAGAUCUCCUGAGAUCUCUUCCAACCCUAAUCUGCUAUGAUUCUAUCUCUCCCAGGAGACGUCUUCACUGCUGAGUUAACUCAGGUGACUCACCCAGGUUUGAGCACCCAGGUCAGCCUAUGUCUGGUGUGAGCAGCCUGACCCAAUUUACUGCGUCCUCGCGGGUGUUGAGCUCAUCUAUGUGUGAUGCUAGGACUUCUGGGGGUGCAUCUCCUAGUCCUUUGUGCUGCAGUAUGCUGAGCCACUCUGUGAUUCUUUCCCAAUGAAUUGUGGACACCCAGCCAGCCAGUUAGCUGUAAAAUCCCUCUUGGUCUGUUCUCUGCUUGCUUUACCUGUAAAGGGUUAACAAGCCCACAGGUAAAGAAAAGGAAGUGGGCACCUGACCAAAAGAGCCAAUGGGAAGGUAGAACUUUUUAAAAUUGGGAAAGAAACUUUCCCUGUGUCUGUUUUUCUCGGGGCUUCAGAGAUGGAGCAGCAAUGCUGUGUAAGGCUUGAACCAGGUAUGAAAAUGCAUCUUAGAAUCACAGAAUAUCAGGGUUGGAAGGGACCUCAGGAGGUCAUCUAGUCCAACCCCCUGCUCAAAGCAGGACCAAUCCCCAACUAAAUCAUCCCAGCCAGGGCUUUGUCAAGCCCGACCUUAAAAACCUCCGAGGAAGGAGACUUCACCACAUCCCACUCUCCCCUGCUGCGUUUUCUGUUUUAGCAAAUGAGUUAGUAAAAGAAUAUUUACCCAAGUUUCUUAAUUUCCCUGUGAUAGCAACUCAACUUUUGUUAACUGUUUGAAAGCACAAGCUUUAACAACCACUAUGUCUUUUUAACAUAACAUAACAAACGAAGAUAGUAUAAAAUGAAACCCAAAUGAAGUUUAAAUGCAGGUCUAUGCAAACAUAUUGAGGGCAUUAAACUUUUAUAUUUGGGUGUGUUUGGGUGACAAUGAUAGAAACCUGUUGAAAUUGGAUAGGUUUAACAUUUUGCAACAAAACCAGGUAUACUAUAUAUUGUAAGAUUUUGGACAUUUUGUCUGUAACAUUCUUAUAACUAUAUUUUCAUAUUUAAUAAAGGUGCAAACAAGUUUGCAACUUGCCCCCCCCCAAACUGACAUUUUCUUAAUAUCAGCUUUUCAGUAAUGUUGAGGUUUCUCCCUACAGUUUUU